CUCAAUCAAUAGACCUAUCCUAAGCAUUUUACAUAAUUUCUAAGCAAAUGUAAGCCAAAUGUGAAUAUUACACGAUUUUAAAUUAUUUAAAUUUGUGGAAAAUUGUUUUUUUUUUCUUUUUCUCUGAUGUUUUCAAUGACAAAUGUGAGUGGUGCCCUCUUUAAGAUGCUACUAACAUGUUGCAUGAGCAAUUGUUUUGGUGUCGAUAUUUUCAAAUUUAUUCUUAUUAAACAUGUUUAAAUCAAAAUGCAUCAAUGUUUUUUUUUUUCAUUAGAAGAACGUAAUAUUGACAAUUUUUCUGUUCAAAAUCGCAGAAUAAUGACUUACACGAUGGAAAAGGUAGAUUUCGAUGAAGUUCUCAAUGAUGAUAAUCGCAAUGGCAGAGUACAAGACCACAUAUUCGGUUGUUGAUGUGAUAAAAUGUGCACAAACGAAGUGACCCGAAAAAAAUUGAAAACAAUUCUUUUGAUUAUUCCAAAAGAUUGGAUGUAUAGUGUGUAGGACGCCAUCUAUUAUCCGAUGAGAAAUGUACGAGUGACGGGUGCGUGAUGCGAACAAAUCGGUUUUCGGCUUGUCAAUUGUCGCCGUAUGCUUUAAUCGCGUCAAUGCAUAUAUGCGAUAUUAACGAAUACCAUACAAACAGUGGUUAUUUUUUCUCUCUCUCAGUGUCCCAUUUUCCGGCAAAACAGAAAAAUGUCUUUACCGACCGAAGAUGUUGUUCUGUAUUCCAUCAUUGCAUUUAUUGUGGUAGAAAAUUUCAUUGAAAUUUAUUUAUCACGACGUCAAGUUAAGGUAUAUAAAGAAUCGAAGAAUGUUCCAGCCGAAUUGAAGGAUGUGAUAAAAUCGGAUACGUUUGAGAAGGCUCGUGUAUAUGGAUUGGAUAAGGGGCAGUUUGCCAUCUUUAAGGCUAUCAUUACCGAUGUACUGAUUGUAUCGUUGGAAUUCUACUUCGGUUUUCUGAGCCUUGUAUGGCAUAAAUCUCGUGUUUUUGCGCGACGCUUCAAUUGGGACGACCAAAAUGAGAUUUAUAUCAGUUGCAUUUUCAUGAUCAUACUGAAUUCAAUUCAAAUUCUGAAAGAAUUACCAUUCAAAAUCUAUGGCAUCUUUGUGCUGGAAGAGAAGCAUGGUUUCAAUAAGCAGACGCCAAUAUUCUUUGUCAAAGAUCAGAUUAAAGGUUUUGUCGUCGGUCAGCUGAUUUCAAUGCCAAUUUCGUGUGCAGUCAUCUACAUUGUUCAACGUGGCGGUGACUUUUUCUUUGUCUGGCUUUGGCUGUUCACCGGAAUAUUGACACUGGUUUUGAUGACAUUGUAUCCCGUAUUCAUCGCACCAUUAUUCGAUAAAUAUAGUCCACUCGAAGUUGGACCAUUGCGUACAUCGAUCGAAGAGCUGGCCGCCAAGCUAAAAUUCCCACUUAAACAACUGUAUGUGGUUGAAGGAUCCAAACGGUCGGCGCAUUCAAAUGCCUAUUUCUACGGGCUAUGGGGCUCAAAACGAAUCGUUCUAUUCGAUACGUUGCUUUUCAAUAAGGGAAAAUCACAAUCAAGUGAAGCAGAGAAGAAAGACGACGAUGCAACCGAAACUAAGACUGAAGAUGAACAUUCCAAAGAGAGAGAAACCUCGGUAGAGAAAAAAACGGAAAGCGACGAUAAGAAGAAGGAGAAUGAAAAUCAAGAGGUUGGCAAAGGUUGCAAAGACGAAGAAGUGUUGGCUGUUUUAGCUCAUGAGCUUGGCCAUUGGAAGUUAGGGCAUGUAACGAAAAACAUCGUUUUCAUGCAAUUUCAUUUAUUGUUGAUGUUCGCAACAUUCGCCUAUCUAUUUAAAUACGAUCCAUUAUAUCAAGCGGUCGGUUUUCGUGCCGGUGAACGACCUGUACUAGUCGGUUUAUUGCUGAUCGUUUCCUACGUGCUCGGUCCAUACAAUGCGCUGAUUAAUUUCUUCAUGACAAUUGUUUCGCGAACAUUUGAAUAUCAAGCCGAUGCAUUCGCAAAAGAACUUGGCUACAGCAAGGAACUGGCCAAAGCGCUCAUUAAACUGAAUACUGAUAAUCUGGGCUUUCCGGUUUACGAUUGGAUGUACUCUGCAUGGAAUCACUCGCAUCCUACGCUAUUGCAACGUCUUGAUCGAUUGAAAGAGACAUCCACCAGCGACGAAACAAAAAAAUCUAAUUAAUUUCGUACCUAAUAGUUUGACUUAAUUUAAUUUUAAUCGAAUUUGAAGCGCGAUGAAUUUAAGCAACAACAACAACAACAAUCUAUUUAUCUGUUUUUUUUUUGCAAUAGAAAACUGUAUGAAUAUUUCAUUUCGAAUUGAAUACACUUGCUUGAAAACUGGAAAAACGCAUUUACAACUUAUUAUUAUAGCACAAAUAAAAAAUAAACCAACAAAUGUGAAAA